UUUCCACUGUGAAGCCGGAUAACGUGGUCAUCAUCGAUGCCAAACCCAGAGUACUGACAGAUGUGUCUGUGAAUGUGUCCGGGAACAUUGUCGUGCAAUGCCGGGAAUUUAUGAAUCUUCGUAGUCUGUUCACGCAUAGCAUGGAUUCCUCAACGGCGUACAUCUUCCGUGCAUCGCAGUUGUCAACUGAGCAAUGAUGGCUUUUCAAGGAUACAGCGUUGUCAAACUCCUUGACUCCGAGGAUUUAAUAACUAUUGUCAGUAACACUUGGCUUAGAGAAGAGGGUUCGUACGCUCAAAUACCUUCAGUGCGAGGUACGCACUACUAUGCAGCGGUGAAAAAUCACACUGCGCCGGAUGUCGAUGUGGUUAGCACUGCCGUGUCCAUAAUCGUUAGCACUAUUAGCUUCCAACAUGCCCGAGAAAUGGAACGGCAAUCUGAGCGCGGGAUGCUGCCAUCGACAGACGAUACAAUUCCCAUGGGCCUUCCAGCUAAGCG